AUGGCUGCUGCUCUUGACUCGCCCCCGGCCCAGCUGCUGACCCGAGAAAACGCCUUGGUGUGGAAAGCCCUGGUUGUUCCUGCUCUUCGGGGUGCUCGUGCCCUGAAUCUCGUCGAAGGCAAAGAACCAGCACCGCCAGAAACCAUCGAGGUGACUACUGAUGGCAAGAGUGAGCAGGUUGAUAACCCUGCAUAUGAUACAUGGAUUGCCAGGGAUCAGCAAGUCCUGCGCUUCCUCCUGAAUUGUCUAUCUCCGGACAUGCUCUCCCAUGUGCUUGGUCUUGAGACAUCUGUUGCGGUGUGGAAGACCAUCAAUUCCCUGACUACAACGCAAUCAAAGGCCAAGGAUCAACAGCUGCGUUCUGCUCUCAAUGACAUUAAGAAAGGCACCAUGUCUGCCGAGAAAUACUUUGCCAAGGUGAAGAUACUUGCCUCGGAGCUUGCUGCUGCCGGGAAGCCGUUAGAUGAUGAUGAGUUGAUCUGGUCGCUCUUACAUGGUCUUGAUGGUACUUACAAUAAUCUGAAGACCGCUGUCCGCGCAAAUCCUUCCACCACAUUGACUGACUUGUUCAGCCAGCUGCAAUCCUUUGAUCAGAUGAACAAACUGGGUGAUUCUGCUGAAGAUGAAUUUACUUCUUCAGCCAACUUGGCAUGCCGUACUACACUACCUACACAUGGUCCUCGUCAAGAUGAUCGCCGCCCUGAUGACUACCGUGAUCGACGUGAUGAUAGCAGUGAGAGGUGUGAUGAUAGGCGUCUGAGAUAUGAUGACAGGCGCGAUGACAGGCGCCCCAGAUAUGAUGAUAGGCGUCCAGGCUAUGAUGAUCACCGGCGCCGUGAUGAUGGUCCUCGUGAUGAUUGA